AUUGUUGAUAAAGAAAAUGCUCUUCCGCUUGAGCCGGGUAAUGGGUCGAUUAUAUUCAAAAAUGUAUAUUUUGAAUAUUCGCCUGAAAAAGUGGUUCUACGUGAUGUGUCCUUCGCUGUAAAUCGUGGUCAAACAAUUGCUCUGGUUGGUCCAUCGGGUGGAGGAAAAAGUACUAUAAUUCGCCUGUUGUUUCGUUUAUUUGAUGUUACCGAUGGACAAAUUCUUUUUGGUGGUCAGGAUAUUCGUGAUAUAAAAUUGAAUUCCCUCCGCAAACAUAUUGGAAUCGUACCUCAGGACACUGUUCUUUUUAACGAAAAUAUAAAAUUUAAUAUUCGAUAUGGUGAUCUCCAUGCAAGUGAUUUAGAGGUGGUUGACGCAGCACGUGCCGCUGAAAUUCAUGACAAAAUUUUGUCAUUUCCCGAUGGCUACAACACAAUAGUUGGUGAACGUGGGUUAAAACUGAGUGGUGGAGAAAAGCAAAGAAUCUCUAUCGCUCGCAUGGUUCUCAAAAAACCCCAAUAUAUACUUCUUGAUGAGGCAACAUCUGCUUUGGACACCACAACGGAACGUUCCAUAUUAAAGUGUUUAUCAAAUCUUAGCAGAGGUAGAACAACAAUAAUUGUUGCGCACAGAUUAUCAACGAUUGUUAAUGCUGAUCAAAUAUAUGUUCUCGACGAAGGAAGAAUCAUUGAGAAUGGGACGCAUAUAGAACUGCUUAAUAAAAAGGGAUGGUACUAUGAUAUGUGGGAUGCACAAAGUGAAGAACCAAAAUAA